GAGAGCCAUGACUGGUAAUUAUUGAAUGUUAUGGAUCAUUCUUAUAGUGAAAGGCUGAUCUGCCUCAUGGUGAAGGUUAAUCGUAUUGGCGAUCGUUUUGCUCAUCGUCAUUAGGAUGAACGUUCAAGCAUAGCCCCGCUGUCCGAUGGGGACGAUUCUGGGGGUAUUAAUAUGUCUACAUACCUACCUACCUACCUAUCUGCUAGAUUCCUAUCUUUAAGUCUUCAUCAAUCACUUGAAAGGCCCUACAAUGUCUCCAACAUACCGCAUCGCAUCUAUCCCCGGUGAUGGAAUCGGCAUAGAAGUCGUCGCGGCGACGAUACAAGUGGUUGAGAAACUUGCUAGGACUCUUGGAACAUUCAAUAUUGAAUUUACGCAUAUCCCGUGGGGAACUGCUUAUUACAAACAACAUGGCCGCUAUGUCUCAGAAGACGUACUAGAGACGCUGCGCGGAUUCGAUGCGAGCUUGUUUGGUGCGGUUGGGGCUCCAGACGUUCCUGAUCACAUCUCUUUAUGGGGCCUCUUGCUGGCCAUCCGUGGCCCAUUGCAGCUAUACGCCAACGUCCGUCCCGUUCGAACGUUCCCCGGGACAAAAUGCCCGCUGAACACCGUUUCCGACGCAGGCAUUGACUGGGUCCUCGUACGCGAGAAUUCAGAAGGAGAAUACUCCGGUCAAGGAGGCCGGUCACAUCUCCACCAGCCAUGGGAGACAGCCACAGAGGUAGCAAUCUUCACUCGCGUCGGCAUUGAACGAAUCAUGCGCUUCGCAUUCGAAACGGCGCGAUCUAGACCAAAGCGUCUUCUGACGGUGGUUACAAAGAGCAACUCCAUGCGCAACGGAAUGGUGCUCUGGGAUGAAAUCGCUGCGGAAGUCGCCAAGGACUAUCCUGAUGUCACAUGGGAUAAGAUGCUAGUUGACGCCAUGACUGUGAGGAUGGUCGCGAAGCCACAGUCACUCGACACCAUCGUCGGGACAAAUCUCCACAUGGAUAUUCUUUCCGAUUUGGCUGCUGCGCUUGCGGGUUCCAUUGGCGUUGCGCCAUCGAGUAAUCUGGAUCCGACAAGGAAGAAUCCUUCAUUGUUCGAACCAGUGCAUGGAAGCGCUUUUGAUAUCACUGGCAAGGGAGUCGCUAACCCAGUUGCGACGUUCUGGUCUGCCGCAGAGAUGCUCUCAUGGCUAGGCGAGAAGGAUGCGUCGAAGAAGCUUAUGGAUUGUGUUGAACGGGUCUGCGCUGCUGGCAUCCUGACUCCCGAUCUUGGGGGUAAAGCAACUACGCAGGACGUGGUGGAUGCUGUUAACAAAGAGAUCGAGGGCCUCUCUAAUUAACCAAGCCGCGUGGAUUUACGUGCGUGUUGUAGAUAUUUUAGACCGCUUGUUUACGUUGCGCUGA